ACACGAAGCCCGUUACCUUCACUCUCCAGGCCCAGUUCCUACAUUCUCUCUCUCGCGCUCUCUUCUCUCUCUGCAACGUUCUCUCGCGCUCGCGCUCUCUGUUUCUUCUUCGCUUUCUCUCUGCAAACCCUAAAACCCAAAAGCAUCGCCAUUGAAUUGCCUACCGAGCUGGAACCGGGGGGAGAGUUUAGCAAACCUAUCGUAUAAUUAUUCGGUAAUCGGAUUCCGACAACCUCAGCGGGCGGUAAAGAGAAGAAGAGAUACUUACUUCUGCGACUAAUUGGCGCCACAUUUUUUGCUGUGGCAAACCCUAAAUUGUCUUGAUCGGAGCGGCGAGCUAGCUAAUGUUCAAUCCUGCGUUGCAUGAGCAUCGCAUUGUCGAAGAUAGGUCGUGCAGGAGAUGAGAUAUCAUCAAACUGCUAGCAGGAGACGCGGAGAAGUGUUAGUAGUAGAAGAGGCAGAGGUGGGAAGUGAGGAUGAGUAGGCUGUCCUUCCGGCCGCGUCCGCUUGACAUUCACAAGAAGCUCCCUAUUGUGAAAUCGGUUAAGGAUUUUGAAGAAGAUGAUUCAACUCCCAGUUCUACGCGCAAUUCUCAGCUGCUCCGGGUUGCUUCUGCUGACUUCGAGAAUGAGGCGCAUCAGCCCCACGUUCCUACCAAGAAAUUAGCUUCUGAAAUACCCACACCCCAAUUUGAUGCUGUUGAUACUUAUGAACGAGACUAUCAGCGAACCUUCGCUCAGCCCAAUUCUUACAUUCGAGCAAGGGGAGCUCGAGCUGAGAUUGGAGAAUUUGUUGAAUAUGAUAUCGAUAAUGAAGAUGAGGAUUGGCUUCAAGAGUUCAACAAAGACAGGAAGAACCUUUCUCCUGAAAAGUUCGAAGUACUCCUAUUCAAGUUGGAGGUGUUAGAUCAUAAAGCUCGGGAAAGAGCUGGAGUUAUAACACCAACCCUUGGUUCCCCGAUCCCUGUACUUCUACAACUAGAUGCUGCUAUUGAGGCACUGCAAGCUCAGUCUGUCAGAGAUGUGGUUCUCCAGUCGGUUUAUAAUUACUGGAAAGAAAAGCGUGAAAGAUGGCAAAAGCCUGUUUUACGCCGACUGCAGCCUCCUCCCCCAGUGAAUGACACAAACCCAUACAAUGUCUUCAGGCCACGUGAGAAAGCACACAGGCUGCAUACAAGAAGGAUGCAGAGGAGGGAAAAUAAUGUACAAUCAUUUGAAAAGCUUCGCCAGGUCAGGCGCAAUCUUGAGCAAGCCAAGACUAUACUCGAGGCUCUGAUUAAGAGGGAAGAGAAGAAAAGAGAAGUGAUUGAGAGUGAAGUCGGUCUCCAGAGGAUCCAAAUCAAGUACAAGCACGAGACGGAGCUACUUGAAGAUAGCUUGGCUCUUCAUGGAUUACAACCCAUCUCUAAGUUUGCAUCAAGCGAAGAUGAAAUUCUAGAUUCAGACGACUUCGUGAACAGUCGUCCACGUACGCGUCCUCCCCUUCCCCUGCCCCCCAUGACAACAGAUUCCAGCAACAUGGUCAACUUCCCACCAGCAGCAACCAUGAAGCAAGAGCUACGCCGGCGGCAUGCAAUCGAUGGAUGGCUCCACAAAAUGGAUCCAAAUGAACCGGUAUUGUUGUUCACGAAGCCUCUCGUACCUGACAAAUUGGCAUCGGCUGGGAUAGUACCGCCAGCAGAUCCAUCGUCGAGGAACGGUGGGUCAGCAGUGACAUACAGAUUUCGAGGAAGAAUUGGGCGAGGUGGGCGAAUCGUAUUUGAUAGAUGGAACCCACUUGCUCAAUCGCCAAUUGAUCUCGGUAAUACCUUAUACAUAGCCCCUCGACCCCGCCCCUCGACUUACAAUUAAUUUCUUGAAUCUCAAAUUCUUCUCCCACAAAUUGUUGUGCGGCGGAUCUGCGAAUCCCUCGGGUCAUGAGAGUGCAGGGUUGGCUGUGGUAAUCUGUAAUUGAUGUGUAGGCGGGCAAAAAAUGCCGUGCCAGGGGUUAGACACUCUCGCUCACACUAGUAGAUGUAAGUAGCACCCUCACUUCGAUCUCUAUCCUUGUUAUGUAACCGUAUCCAUCUCUUUGUCUCUCAAUGUGAGUUAGUAUUGCCUAUUCUAGGAGCUUAUAGUACUGCCUAUUCAAUGUCGGUUAACCGAUAACCAAUUAUCGAUACACUGCGCCUCGUAGAGGAGAAACCCAGCCAGCCUGCUUGCCCUCCUUCCAGAGUUUUUUGCGAAUAAUACCGACUUUCAAUUUGCCAUUUUCAUCUACUACAUUGUCCCAAUUUCAUCA